UCCGCCCAGCCAGCCGGAGCAGCAACACGUGUUGAGCGGCUCGCAGUGGAAGUUUCUGAUUAUUGGGUUUAAUUUGUGAGUCUUUUCUCCUGCGUACCGUCCGGUCCACAGUCUGAGCUGCAGGGUCCAGCUGGUACAUGCGGGUCCGGCUGUUUGCGGCGGGUAAACCGAAGCCCCAUCGGAACCAGCUGCUGCCGGGUCACCUCCACAUGUCUGGACUUGUUCCGACUGUCGGGCUCACGGACCGGGAUCGUUCAGGACGAUGGAUUAUCAGUUUCCGCAGCAGCUUUUCCCCUCGUUUUUCAGCUGCGAGCCGCCGAACCGGGUCCAGAGACACGAUGCCGGAGGAUGGGGCUGCUACCACGGAGCCUUGCCGCAGGGCGGCAGCGGCUCUCUGUCCAGCUGGGCGUUCACGUCCAAGCGGCGGGUCGGAGGGGAGGUCUGGCGCCAGACGGAGCCGGUUCCGGUUCCCCUGCUAUCACCCAGGAACGCGUUCCAGGAUCUGGUGACGCCUCCUGAGCCGCUGGACUUCUUAAAACACAUGCACAACUUCUUCAUGGAUCACGGCCCGGACGCCUUCGGCUGCAUGAGCGAGAUCCUGGGCGAAAACUUCCACUUCCAGAAAGCCAGGGAGAAGAAGAAAUAUUGGAAAGAUUCGAUCAACAUGUGGAGGAUGAAGCGUUUCACCAACCAGCUGAAGUUCAACAUCUGUCCCAUGGCGUACCGGUCCAGGAGACUGGAGCGGUACGCCGGCCUCUGGGACGUGGUCCACGACGUCCCGCCGGAGCUGCUGGGCUCGCUGCUGUACGAGGAGCUGACCGAGCAGAGGGAGCGCAUGCAGUUCUCCGAGGCGGCCACCGGGGGCGCUCUGGCCUUCGUCCCGUUCUCACAGAGCGAGGGCUGCCUGCUGUACCCCGGGGGCCCGGGAAUGGACCGCCUCAACUUCCACAGGGUGGUGCUGGAACGCGACGGCGCCGCCUGCGUGGACGCCGCCGGGCGGAAGCCGGUCAGCUUCCAGCUGACGGCGCCGGUCCGACAGAUCAGCUGCGGCUCGCGCUUCGGCGACAGCUGCGUCGCCGUGCGCUCCGACCACGUCUGCGGCGUCUGGGGGACGGGGGAGCAGAAGGAGCCGCGCCUGCUGCAGGCGGUCGGCACCAGAGCCGCUGCCAGCUGCGUCAGCGUCAGUCCGCACAUUCUGGGUGAAGUUCUGGUGGCGAGCGAGAGCGGAGCGGCGACCCUGUGGACGGUCGGCCGAGGGAUGCAGACGAUCCGGACGGAGGAGAGCAACUUGUACUUCAACGCCAAGUCGUCAUGGCGCUGGUGCGAAUUCUCCGCCCACCCACGAGUGAUGGUGUACGCCGACCGGACGGGGGCGGAGCUCACAGACUUCAGGGCGAAGCUGGACUCGAACCCGGGUUACACUCUGUUCCGGAUCAGCAGCACCUCAGACUGCCACAGCGGAGAGCGCCUCCUGCUGGUCAGAUUCCUGGGAGACGUUCACCCCUUUCACCACCUCCUCACUACGCAGCACUCGGCCUACAUCAUGGACGAGCGCUUCCCCUGCGUCCCCAUGCUGAAGUGGGACCACAUGAUGGAGGCUCCGCCCCUUUUCUGCCACGUGGCUCCGGGCUCCGGAACCACCAAGGUUCUGCUUGGGUCGCAGUCCUCCCAGGAGAUCACUCUGCUGCAGUACUCUGGAGGCGCUGCAGAGGCCUGCUGCAGCCACGGUUCUCCUCAGGUUCUGCUCCGACCCAGAGACAGUCUGGCUCUGCUCCCGGUCCAGAUCCCCCACAGUCAGCAGAACGCCGCGCACAGACUGGCUUCACCGGCUGCAGGCCUGACGUGUUUCCAGAAGACGUCCGUCUCCACGGCGACCAUGGUCGUCCUCCAGCUGACGGCGGCGGGGGACGUCUUCUACCAGAUCCUGGAGCGGGACGACGGAAAACCUGGAGCGCCAGAGACCGGAGCGCCGGAGACCGGAGCGCCAGAGACCGGAGCGCGAUCCCCGCUGCUGGUCGCUGAAAUGUCCAGCGAUGAGGACAUCGUCAUGCCGACGCAGGCUCCCAACACUUGCAUGUUUGUCCCAGAAACGCCGGACGGGAACCGGAGUUCGGAUCGGCCUCCGGAUCAGAUCCCGGCGUUCGUCGCUGUUGAUAACGAAGCGGAUCGGUCGGCUCGCUCGGUGCUGAGCGGCGCCACGCGUCUCGCCUGGAGGCGCUGGCUGCAGAAGCUGAGGAGACAGGAGAGGAAACCCGGCGCUCCGCCGCACCUCGCGGUCCAAACCGUAGGACUACUGAGCGUUCUGGAGCCCGGCGCCGCCGCCAGCCGCAUGCAGAUGGCGCUGCAGCAGGACCUGCAGCGCUGCAUGCGGACGCGGUCGCUGCUGCUGAACAGCGACCUGGACCCGGUUCCGGUGCCGCCGCUGGUGAACGCCAAGGCGUGGCACGACCUGCUGAGCCACCGCCUGACGACGGCGUGGCGCGGCGGCCAGGAGGCGUGGCGGGAGUGGUGGCAGGAGGAGCGGGGGGAGAACCGGGCCUGGAGGAAGGAGGCGCUGAGGAGGAAGAGGAGGAGGGAGAAGGAGGCGCAGCGCGCCGCGGGGCGCCACCUGCAGCUCAGCGGCAGCUUCACCUCCUCCGUCAGCUACCAGACAGAGCUGGACGACCUCUCCGGCUGGUCCUCGGGGGCCAGCGGCCCGCUGACCGACAGCCAGCGCAGCAGGCCUCUGGGCCAGCUGGCCGCCUUCCUGGAGGACUGGGACGACUCGCCGGCGCCGCCGGACCCUGAUCCGCCCAGCAGAACUCCAGAGCCACAACCAGCCAAUCAGAGGAGCAGGAAUCUGGCCGACCAAUCACUGAGCUCUCUGUGGGAAACACAGGAUGAUCCUCCUCUUCAUCCCGCCCCCUCCUCCUCCUCUCAGUGGCCCAGCUUCUCCUCUCUGACGCCCUCCAAGGCGUCACAGAGCCAGCGGGGGGCGCCGCAGGCGUCCCAGCCCAAGAAGAAGAAAUCCCGGAUGGGAUUCUGAUCCCAGGAUUGGAUCGUUGUGACUGUGUUGGUGGAACAGGAAGCAGGAAGUGACCCGGCGGAGGACGGAACCGAAGACGCAGCGUCUGGUAGGACUCUGUGGAUGUUUGGUGCUAAAAACUAAACGAGGAUUUAAACGUCGUUUGAAAAACAAAUAUUUGCACAGAGAAGCAGGAAGUGAAAGACGUUUAUAACCCGGCUGGUUUUAUCCACCGUCAUUUACAAAAUAAAAUAAAACUGAGCGUGAAGAACCAGA